AUGUCUACUGAAGGAAAGCCAGUUACCUCCCUUGCUGCCGUAGCCUACGAGGCUGGAAAACCCUUGAGUGUGGAAGAGAUUACAGUCGAUCCUCCAAAGGCUCAUGAAGUCCGUAUCCGCGUCAAAAAGACAGCUGUGUGUCAUACCGAUGCUUACACUUUGUCAGGUGCUGAUCCUGAAGGUGCAUUCCCAAGUAUUCUUGGCCAUGAAGGUGCCGGUAUAGUCGAAUCCGUCGGUGAAGGUGUAACUAGCGUUAAGCCUGGUGACCAUGUUGUGGCUCUGUACACAGCCGAAUGUGGUAAAUGUAAAUUCUGUAAAUCUGGUAAGACCAACUUGUGUGGUUCUGUUAGAGCUACUCAAGGUAAAGGUGUUAUGCCAGAUGGUACCUCGAGAUUCAAGAACAAGAAGGGUGAAACCCUAUUGCAUUUCAUGGGCUGUUCCACCUUCUCUGAAUAUACAGUGGUUGCAGAUGUGUCCGUUGUUGCCGUUGACCCUAAGGCACCUUUAGAAAGUGCCUGUCUAUUGGGUUGUGGUGUUACUACUGGUUACGGUGCUGCAGUGAAAACUGCUAACGUCCAAAAGGGUGACACUGUCGCUAUCUUUGGUGCUGGUACCGUUGGUCUAUCUGUAGCACAAGGUGCCAAGGCCAGAGGUGCCUCCCAGAUUAUCUUGGUUGAUAUUAACGAUGCUAAGAAGAAGUACAUGCAUGAGUUCGGUGCAACCGAUUUUAUCAACCCAGCAACCGAUUUGCAGAAUGGCCAAACCAUUGUUGAAAAAUUGAUUGAAAUGACCGAUGGUGGUCUAGACUUUACCUUUGACUGUACUGGUAACGUUAAGGUGAUGAGAGAUGCUCUAGAAGCCUGUCACAAGGGAUGGGGUGUCUCUGUGGUCAUUGGUGUUGCAGCCUCUGGUCAAGAAAUCUCCACCAGACCAUUCCAAUUGGUCACUGGUAGAGUCUGGAAGGGUUCCGCCUUUGGUGGUAUUAAAGGUAGAUCUGAAAUGGGUGGCUUGAUCAAGGAUUACCAAGGAGGUGCCUUGAAAGUUGAUGAAUUCAUCACCAACAGAAGACCUUUCAAACAGAUCAACGAGGCCUUUGAAGAUUUACAUGCAGGUGAUUCUUUGAGAACUGUUUUGAACUACACUGAUUAA